AUGCCAUACGUCAAUGAGCCCAUAGCUGUUGUGGGCAGUGGCUGCCGCUUCCCUGGCGAAGCCUCGAAUCCCUCCAAACUGUGGGAUUUGCUGCGAGAUCCUCGUGAUGUCCAGCGUACAAUCGACCGUUUCCGGGCCGAUAACUUCUAUAACCAAGAUGGUCAUUACCACGGGUCGAGUAAUGUCCGGUCCGCCUACCUUCUUGGGGAAGAUACCAGAGCAUUCGAUGCCCAGUUUUUCAAUAUCCCUUUGAGCGAGGCUGAGGCAAUUGACCCACAGCAGCGUCUUCUCAUGGAGACUGUCUAUGAGUCGCUAGAGGCGGCUGGAAUCAGCACUAAGACACUGUCUGGCUCUAAUACUGCUGUAUAUGUUGGGGUGAUGUGUGACGAUUUCUCCCAGAUCGUCUACGGGGACAGUGAAAACAUUCCAACAUACGCUGCAACGGGCUCCGCCCGUAGUAUCCUUUCCAACCGGAUCUCGUACUUCUUCAACUGGCAUGGUCCAUCCAUGACGAUUGACACGGCUUGCUCCAGCAGUCUUAUUGCCGUCCAUCAGGCCGUUCAGGCCCUGAGAAGUGGCGAGUGUCCGGCUGCCAUCGCUGCUGGGACCAAUCUUAUCUUUGGGCCCACUAUGUUCGUUGCCGAGAGUAAUUUGAACAUGCUCUCACCCACUGGGCGCUCUAAGAUGUGGGAUACCAGUGCUAAUGGCUAUGCCCGUGGUGAAGGUGUUGGGUCCGUCGUUCUGAAGACGCUGUCCGCAGCCUUGCGCGAUGGGGACCAUAUCGAGUACAUCAUUCGCGAGACUGGGGUGAACCAAGAUGGCAAAACACCCGGAAUUACAAUGCCUAGCUCUACCAUGCAGGCUUCCUUAAUUCGGGACACCUAUGCCAGGGCCGGCCUGGACCUAACUAAGCGUCGUGAUCGGUGCCAGUAUUUUGAGGCUCAUGGAACUGGUACCCCAGCUGGUGAUCCCCAGGAGGCGGGUGCCAUUCACAGAGCAUUCUUUUCUAGAGAACGUGCUAUUGAAGAAGGCUUUGAUGAUGAGGAUAUCCUCUAUGUCGGGUCUAUCAAGACCAUCGUCGGACAUACCGAAGGGACUGCCGGUAUUGCUGGAUUGAUGAAGGCUGGCCUGGCGAUCCAAGAAGGGAUGAUACCUCCAAACAUGCAUUUCAGCAAGCUGAACCCUGACAUUGAGCCCUAUUAUGAUAGCCUAAAAGUCCCGGUCCAACUGCGGGACUGGCCCGAACUGCCCACAGGAGUUCCUCGCCGCGCCAGUGUCAACAGCUUUGGGUUUGGCGGUGCCAAUGCGCAUGCCAUCAUCGAGAGCUAUGAUUCCGACACUGCUGUUGAUCCUGCCUGUACUCCUGUCUCUUCUAGACCCUUGGUCCCUCACACGUUUGUGUUCUCGGCGUCUUCGGAGAAAUCCCUCGUUGCACAGCUCAAAUCGUACAUCACGUUCCUGGAUGAGCACCCUGAUUUUCCUAUUGGUACCCUAUCUUGGUCUCUCUUCCGUCGCAGUGCACUCAACUUCCGCGUCGCCUUUGCCGCAGACUCACUCACAUCUCUCGCGUCUCAGAUUGAGAAAGCUCUGCAGGAUUCCCAGACCAACAACAAUCCCUUGGGCGUCCGUGUAAACCCUAAGACUCCCCGAGAGAUCCUAGGUGUCUUCACUGGUCAGGGUGCGCAGUGGGCCACUAUGGGCCGUGAAUUGGUUCUAUCCUCGCCUUUCGCAGAAUCCGUCAUUGAUAACCUCGAGAGAUCCUUGGCUGACCUACCCGAUGGUCCCGACUGGUCACUAAAGAGCGAAAUACUCGCCUCGAAGGAGACAUCACGGAUUGCCGAAGGUGUCAUCUCGCAGCCUCUGUGCACAGCCGUCCAGAUCAUGGCUGUUGAGGUAUUGCGGCGAGCAGGGAUUCAUUUUAGUGCUGUAGUUGGGCACUCGUCCGGUGAAAUCGCAUGUGCUUAUGUCUCCGGUUUCUUGUCCGCGAGUGAUGCAAUCCGUGUUGCGUACUACCGCGGCAAGUAUACCAUCCUUGCCAGGGGCGGCGCCAUGAUUGCCGCUGGAACGGAUAUGCAGGACGCCAUUGAGCUCUGUAACCUGCCAAAACUCAAGGGCAGGGCUCAGCUCGCUGCUAGUAACUCGUCCGCCAGUGUGACCAUGUCGGGAGAUGUGGAUGCAAUUGGCCUCGUUGAGGCCGUCAUGCAGGACGAGUCCAAGUUCGCACGCAAGUUGAGAGUCGACACGGCCUACCAUUCAUUCCACAUGCGUGUCUGUUCAGAACCUUAUGUCGAGUCGCUCGUCAAGUGCGGCAUUCAAGUGACAGAGCCCGCUGCAGAUUCCUGCCCUUGGUAUUCAUCCGUGCGGGACGAUAAUGCUAAGGUCACUAUGAACAUGGCAACUGCUCUGCAGGGUACCUACUGGAGAGACAACAUGCUUCAACCGGUCCUAUUUUCUCAGGCAUUACAGGCAGCCCUCGCUGCCAAUGGGGCCCCUGGGCUGGCAGUCGAAGUUGGACCUCACCCUGCUCUUACAGGCCCCGCAAGUCUGACGAUUGAAGAGGCUACUGGGUCUGCAGUGCCGUACUGCGGUACCCUGGCUCGAGGCCAGAACGACGCCCUCGCCAUGGCGACGACGUUAGGAUCCAUUUGGACAAUCCUUGGCGCUUCUGCCGUUGAUAUGCAAGGCUUUCAACGAGCAUUCAAUCCUGAUGUGGCCUUUGAAGUAUCUAAGAUACUACCGACAUAUACAUGGGACCACGACCGGAUUAUCUGGAACGAGACUCGCACAUCCAAGGCUCACCGUCUUCGCUCACAGGCUACGCAUCCCCUCCUCGGAGCUCGAACAGGAGAUGAAAUCGAUGGCGAGCUCCGCUGGCGCAACUAUCUGAAGCCCAAGGAAAUGCCCUGGCUACAUGGUCAUCAGAUCCAAGGCCAGAUGGUUUUCCCUGCGGCAGGGUUUGCAGUGAUGGCGAUGGAAGCAAGUAAAAGCCUGGCAGCUAUCGAGGGAAUUAGCUUGCUGCAGUUGAAAGACUUCAGCAUUCAUAAAGCACUGUCAUUUAUUGAUGACAAUGCAAAUAUCGAAACCAUGUUCGUUGUAUCAAAUGUUGUUCGGGAUAAUUCCUCUGUCACGGCUAACUUUGCCUGCUAUGCUUGCAUGAACAAGGAUUCAGGAGAGCUCUCCUCCAUGGCAUGCGGCCAAGUGAUCCUGACUAUCGGCGAUCCAUCUGGUGAUGCCAUGCCGGAGAGGCCGAAGUGGGUAAACAACUUUAUUCAUACCGACGUUCAAUACUUUUACGAAUCUCUCGCUGAACUGGGAUACGGGUACACCAGCAUGUUCCAGGGUGUGACUGACUUACAGCGAACCAAUGGCGGCUCCAGGGGUACUAUCGUUAUCCCCCAGAAUGAGGAGACGCCCGUGAGCCAGCUACAGGACUGGAUUAUCCACCCUGCUACGCUGGAUGUAGCCUUCCAGGCAGUGUUUGCCGCCGUGGGUGCUCCCGGCGACGGCCGCCUGUGGACACUACAUGUGCCCACUUUAAUUAGCAGCAUCACUGUGAAUCCUAACGCUUGCCAGAUGAGCUCCGGAAUCGAAACUCCGGUGCCCUUCGAUGCUUGUCUUGCUGACGCCGUGGACGAUGGUAUCGCUGGUGAUGUAGAUCUGUAUGAUGAGGACGGCAAGUAUGCCAUUGUCCAAGUCCAAGGGCUUCAUGUCACGCCUCUUGCGAAGCCCACCGCCGCCGAUGAUCGGGAUACAUUCGCAUCUAUAACUUGGGACAUGGCAACACCCAAUCUGGCCAUUCACUGGACCGAGUGGGCAACCACUGAUGACGAGGAGAAGAUUGCCAAUUUCACAGAACGCCUAUCGCUUUACGUCCUCAAGGAACUGUGCGAGACGGUAUCCAUUGACGAAGUGGAAAGGAAUGGUACUCAACACCAGCGCGCUGUACUAGAGUGGGCUCAACAUGUCGUGGAAACAACUCGGGCCGGAACACACGCAACCUGCCGAAAGGCAUGGCUAGCGGACACAUGGGAGCUGCUCGAGAAGCCCGCACAGCGGCUAGCGAAGGAAGACCCACAGAUUUGCCGAUGCCUCUGGGUCAGGCAGUAUCUUGCCCCUUUCCUGCGCGGAGACCUGUCCACUGAAGAGAUAUUAGACGCGGGUCAGGCGGUGCAUGGUGGCCUAUACACCACUUUCACUGGCUACCAGGAGUACCACGAAUACUUGUGUGCCUUGAUCAAACAAAUCAACUUCAGGUAUCAUCAUCUGCGGGUCCUUGAAAUUGGCGCAGGCGAAGGUGACGCCACGAAGCCUGUGCUUGACGUGCUGAAUGGCAACAUCACGUCAUAUACUGCGACUAACGUUGUCAUGGAAAGAUUAUACAGCUUGCGCGCUGUCCUCUCUGAUACCAAGGGAGAUAAAAUAUACAAGGUUCUCGAUAUUGAGCAGGACCCCACCGAGCAAGGUUUUACCAGCGGGUACUACGAUCUUAUUGUCGCCAGCAACGUCCUGCACCGGACCGCUGAGCUCGAAGAGACUCUUCGAAAUGUCCGUAGCCUUUUACGACCGGGUGGAUACCUCGCUCUCCUUGAGCCCACCAGCCGUGAGUCGUUGGCUCUCUCACUUGGAGGCUGUAUGUAUCCCAGCUGGUUUGGUGGCAUUGAAGACAGUCGCAAAUAUUCUCCGCUGGCUUCCCAGAAAACAUGGGAUACUGUCCUUCGUGACGCUGGAUUCUCCGGCGUUGAUACCGCUACCCCCGAAGAAAGGACGUUUACAGUGCCGUUUUCUGUGAUGGGCUCUGUAGCAACGGAUCGACAACUAGAAAUUGUCCGGAACCCACUGGACUAUGCCGGCGCCGUAGUCUCGGAGGUGAAUACGCUGCUUAUCAUCGGCGGCAAAUCUGUGAAGGUUAACCACCUUGUGCGCGGUUUGAGAAAGAUCCUUUCGCCGUUCUUCAAUAAGAUCAUUGAAGCUGAAACCCUGAUGGACGUUGAUGACGAGACAAUUGCAGCUCAGCCUACUGCCAUCAGUCUUACAGAGCUGGAUGAGCCUGUCUUCAAGCCAUUUACCGAGAAGAAGUUCAAGGCGCUUGUAAACCUCUGCGACAACCUGCACACCCUGCUGUGGAUCACAGUGGGUGGUAGGGGAGAGAACCCAUACAUGGGCAUGAUGGUUGGUGUUGGUCGUUGCCUUGUCGGUGAGAUGCCCAACCUGCGGCUGCAACACCUCAACUUUGAUGGCAAAGACAUGCCAUAUCCUGAUGUUUUGGCCCACCAUUUACUUCAGCUACACCUGUCUUAUAACAUCUCCGGCGAGACAACAAAACCUAAUGAUCCAUUAUUUACAAUUGAGCGAGAGCUUACGGUACAAAACGGCAAGCUUCUCAUCCCGCGGUAUCUGCCUGUCAAUACGAUCAAUAAUCGUCUCAACUCGGACAGGAGAUUGAUCACGCAGCAGAUAGACCAGUCCACUGUGGCUGUAGAAUUGAACGCUACGGGCUCUUUCUACAAGCUUCGUGAACAUGACCAGCCAGCUACCACCAAGUAUGAAUCAGUCAAGGUCACUGUGUGCAAGGCCUUGCUCAGCGCCAUCCGGGUUGGUAGCUACGGCUGUCUUCAUGUUGUGCUGGGCAAAACGGAAGCUGGGAAGAAGGUCAUCGCUUUAUCUGAGAAGAACCAAUCUAUUAUUUGUGUCCCGAACUCUUCCGCUGUCAAUGUCGAGGUGGCAGAUGACCACGAAACCCGAUUUUUACUGUCCGUUGCAGCCGAACUGCUGGCGGCCACUAUAUUGAAUGAUAUCUGUGGUCCAGCACUUGUUCACGAGCCAGAUACUGUGCUUACAAGUAGCCUCCUUGAGCUUGCCGCGCAGAAGGGCAUAGCUCUCACGGUAACAUCGAUCUCCUCAGCUCACAAUGGCGUCACACUGGUUCAUAGCUCAUCUCCGGAUCGUUUGCUAGCGCGCAUCAUUCCGAAAAAUGUCCGGGUUUAUACUGAGCUAUCGGAGUCAAGCACAUCAAGUGUAGUUGGCUCUCGGUUUGAGAAGCUGCUUCCCGUUGGCUGCGAGGUGAAGCGUGCGUCGAGCCUCUUCAGCUCGAAGGGCUUUAGCACAGGUUCUGUUACCAUUGGUGCUCUCGAUGAGGCAGUUCAGCGAUCAUUGCUAUCACUGAGCCAGACAAACUACCAGACCCACGUCAUCCCAGCAUCAGCCAUAGCAUCGCGGAAGAUCGAACCUCGUGGCCUGCAAAUCAUCGAUUGGUCGGUCGAUGCUGCGCUUCCAGUGACCGUGACGCCUGCAGACGAGAAAAUCACUUUCCCAGGAGACCGAACUUACUUCUUAGUUGGCCUGACUGGGGAACUGGGACUGCAGCUGACGAAGUGGAUGGUAAGUCGGGGCGCACGAUAUCUAGCCCUGGCCUCGCGGAAUCCCACAGUAAACUCGGAAUGGCUCGAGCUGGUGCAAUCCGAAGGCGCUGUCGUCAAGACAUAUGCCAUGGAUGUGACUAGCAGAGCUUCCGUCCGAGCCGUUCAUAACCGAGUCUGUUCCGAGAUGCCACCCAUUGCAGGUGUUGCCAACGGUGCCAUGAUCCUGAUCGACGGCCUGAUGGCCAACAAGACACAUGCAGAUUUUGAGAAGACACUCCGCCCAAAGGUUGAUGGAACGGUCUUCCUGGACGAAGUUUUCAACAAGAACAACCUAGACUUCUUCAUCGUUUUCUCCUCUCUUGCGGGUCUCGCCGGAAACAUCGGCCAGACAGCAUAUUCGUCUGCCAACGCCUUUAUGUGCAGUUUGGUCGCAGGCCGUCGCAUGCGCGGACUUGCCGGCAGUGCCAUUAAUAUGCCUGGUAUUGUCGGACUCGGCUACUUGAACCGCGACAGCCGGAAACUAGAUCGUCUUGAGAAUGCCGGCUAUGUGAACAUUAGUGAAUGGGACUUCUAUCAAUUUUUCUCAGAAGCCAUCGUUGCCGGCCGUCCAGGUUCGGGUAUUGACCCCGAAAUCACCGCUGGGUUGCAGCGGAUCGAUAUCGACCGUAACCCUGACCCGCCGAUCUGGGCAAAGACGCCACGAUUCCAGUGGCUCAGAAUGAUUUCAGCGUCUGGGGAGAUUGGGGACGAGGAGCAGCAGGAUGGCUCGUCUAUUCGCAGCCGCCUCGCUGAGAUGACCAACAAGGAUGAGGUCCACAAGUUGCUGCUAGAUGGGCUUCUCAGUACUCUUUAUACCCGGCUCAACAUGAGUGCUGACCAGCGCGGCAUAACUCCGGACACGGCAAUUGUCGAGUUGGGAGUUGACUCUCUACUAGCUGUCGAUAUGCGGUCCUGGUUCACGAAGGAACUCGACCUGGAUAUGCCUGUCCUGAAGAUCCUGGGCGGAGCAACUGUCAAUGAUCUAAUUGACGACGCUAUGAAGCGGUUGUCACUAGACCUCGUGCCUAACCUGACUGCCGAGGGCAAGAAGCUCGAGGAGGCGCCAGUAGCAGACCAGGAGCAGUCUGACUGGCCCAAGACAAAUCCUCUUAGUGGGGAGGACGAAGCUGCAGAUGCGACUUCAGAUAAUCUUGCUGAGGUUGCCGAAGAGGUUGAAGAGGAGCCUCUUGUAAUCGUGCCUCUCGAUUUACCCAUGUUUGAUGAGCCAGCAGACGAUGUGCAUGCUUCAUCGCCCACGCAAUCCAAAGAAGAUACUGCGCUCAGUUCUUCUGAAACUACGGCUAGUUCCGUUUCGGGUGAAGAAUCAGCUGUUGGGAAGCGCACUACAUUUUCCUUGUCAUCGAGUUGGUGUGAGAUGGAGUCGUCUUCUGAAACUUCAGCGCCUUCGGACUCUGGCUUAGAAUCUAGUACUGAGCUCGAGCCGCAAGUGGAUCUCAACAGAAAGCUCCAUCAUGGUGCCACGACUAGUAUGCCAGUAGCACAGCUUUUCUCGGCUCUGCCAGAGCACCCUGACAGUCUCCCAGAGUUCACAAAGAAAGUCAAGAUGUCCUACGGGACCUCAAGGUUUUGGUUCCUAAUGCAGUACCUUCAAGACCCCACUACCUUCAACUUGCUGUGCAGUAUCAAAUGCACUGGGCCCAUCCGCUAUGAAGAGGCCGAACGUUGUGUUGUGGAACUCGGUAACCGCCACGAAGCGUUCCGGACUGCAUUCUUCGCAGAUCCCGAGAGAAUGAACGAGCCCACGAUGGGUGUGCUGAGGGAGACGCCGCUCCGACUGGAAAGACGCUACGGUGCGUCUAAAGCCGACGUCGACGUGGAGAUAGAAGAGCUUCUGAACUAUGAAUUUAAGUUGGAGCAAGGCGAGACCACCCGUAUCAAGAUGAUCUCGCUGGAUGACAACACCCACCACGUCCUCUUCGGCUUCCACCACAUCGCCAUGGACGGAUUUAGUUUCAACCUCCUGCUCGCUGAAAUCAACAUGCUCUACGACAGAGAGCCAAUGAGGCCGGUCCAAAUGCAAUUUAGCGAUUUCGCCGAAACCCAACGUCUCCAGUUCGAGAAUGGCUCUAUGGCUAGUGAGCUACAGUUCUGGAAGGAAAUGUACAGCAUCAAGCUUCCUUCUGGAGAGCUCAAGCCAGACUUCCCUAAGCCAUUACCUCUGUUCAGUCUCGCUCGUAGCUCUCGCCAGAGCCUUGACAACUACGAGUUUGAGGAAUCACGACUGGUCCUGGAUGCUCGGAUUGUCCGCCAGAUCAAGUCUCAAUGCCGUCGCCACAAGAUCACCACAUUCCAUUUUUUCCUGGGCGUACUGCGAACCUUUCUUUUCAGACAUCUUGAGGUUGAUGAUCUUGUUAUCGGCAUUGCAGAUGCUAACCGUGUCGACAACGCCCUGAAUACAACCAUGGGAUUUAUGUUGAACUUGCUAGCUUUGCGGUUUAGGAAUGAGCAUCAAUACAGAACUUCGCCAUUCAAGGACGUCGCGCUAGACGCCCGUAACAUGGCUUACAAUGCUCUAGCCAAUUCCAAAGUCCCCUUCGACGUCCUCCUAGAGACGCUCGAUAUCCCCCGAUCCACCACGCACAGUCCACUCUUCCAGGCCUGGAUGGACUAUCGACCAUUUAAGCCUGACUACAUGCCGAAGAUGUUCGGGAGUGAGGCCAGUGGCACUCCAACUGUUGGCCGCAACGGGUAUGAUCUGACACUCGACGUCAACGAGGUCAACGGAUCAGAAAUCCGGGUGUCCUUCCGCACGCAGAAAUACUUGUACUCGGCCGAGUCCACGCAGAUGCUUUUCGACAGCUAUAUGAGACUAGUGACAGCAUUUGCUUCCAACUUCGAUACCAGCGUCGAUUCUGUUCCGCUAUGGAAUCCCAGAACUAUUAACUCGGCAAUCGCCUUGGGACGUGGUCCGAAACAACAAUCGGAAUGGCCCGAGACGCUCUCCCAGGUUAUCGCCAAUGUUGCCGCGCAAAAUCCCGAUAAGGUGGCCGUCAAAGAUGGAAAUAACGUUAUUCUGACCUACGCAGAUCUUGAGCAGCGCGUUCAGUGCAUCAGCCAGGCUCUUACUGAAUCUGGCGUCAAGCCUAAGUCCCGCGUCGCUGUUUUCCAACAGCCGAGCGUCGACUGGGUAUGCUCGCUCCUAGCCAUCUGGCAUGCAGGGGCUACCUACAUACCACUGGAUAUACGAAGCACCCUUCCUCGCCUGGUGAUCAUAACCAAAGCUGCUAAGCCAGCCGCAAUCCUCUGUCAUGCAGAGACGGAGGGCGACGUGUCGGAAUUACAGUCCACCGCUGCGGUUGUUAAUGCUUCAGGAUUGAAAGAUAAUGUUCCCAGGAAUAUCACUAGGACCCAGGCGAAAGCGAAUAUCCCGGCCGUUGUUCUUUUCACCAGUGGCUCGACAGGAACACCCAAGGGGGUUGUUCAACGCCACUUGGCCUUCCGCAACACCAUCGAAGGACUGACCCGACAAUACGGGAUCGGGGUAGAGAAGAUCCUUCAGCAGAGCGCAUACACAUUUGACUUUUCUCUUGAGCAAAUUCUCUGCGGUCUCACCAAUGGCGGGUCGAUAUAUGUUGUCUCCAAGGAGAGUCGUGGCGACCCAGAAGCCAUUGCGAAGAUCAUCAAGUCCGAGAGCAUCACCUACACUCGUGCCACACCAUCGGAAUAUGCCAGCUGGAUUACCUACGGUGCCCAACACCUGGUUAAGGCUUCUGCAUGGAAGUUCGCCUGGGGUGGAGGCGAGGUGAUGCCCCAGUCUCUGCGCCUUAGUAUCGCCAGCCUAGGUCUAAAGGGCCUGCGCCUCUACAACUCCUACGGCCCAGCAGAAUCAAUUACAUGCACCAAGACCGAAGUUCCCUAUACUGAUGAUGACCUCCAAGAUAUCGAAAGCGAGAUCCCAAUCGGUCGCCCCCUUCCCAACUACUCGGUAUACGUGGUCGAUCACAAUCUAGCCCUUGUGCCAGCAGGUGUGACCGGCGAGAUAGUGAUUAGUGGUCCCAGCGUGGCCCAAGGCUACCUGAACGACGAGAAGCUAAGCGAGGGCAAGUUCAUCAGCAAUACAUACUCUCCCACCGAUGGCCCCAUUGCCUACCGUACCGGGGACGUGGGCUAUCUCCGGGGCGACGGAAUGCUGAUGUUCAAGGGUCGCAUUGCCGGGGAUACACAGAUCAAGAUCCGUGGCAUGCGCAUUGAUCUCGCCGAGAUUGAGAACUGCCUCAUCACAGCGAGUGAAGGAAAUCUUCAUAAGGCCGUGGUGUCCGUCCGCGGCGGCGGAGCCAUGCUUAUAGCGCAUGUGCAGUUUGCGCCAUCCCUCAACGCAGACGAAUCCGAGCAGAAUGCGAUUCUGCGGUCGCUGCGCUUCAACCUCCCAUUGCCCGUGUACAUGACUCCAGCUAUGCUCAUCCCUGUGGAGCAGAUGCCAGUUAACGCGCACGGCAAAACGGAUCGUGCCGCGGUACAGGCUAUGGGUUUACCACAAGCCCAUCGUGAGCACACAUCGAAGGAGCUGAGCGAGACUGAGCGUCAGUUAGCAGAGAUUUGGAAGGAAGUCGUUCCCGGUGACGUUGCCGGUGCUAUCAAGAUUGACGGCCAUACCAGCUUCUUCGAACUUGGCGGAAACUCACUGCUGCUUGUCAAGCUACAGGUGCUCAUUAGCAUGCGAUUCAAUGCUAAGCUAUCGUUGGUUGAUCUCUUUAGUGUCUCGUCUCUCGGCGCCAUGGCUGCUAAGAUUGAGGCCGCCCCCCCUGCAGAAACCGUUGACUGGGAAGCGGAAACUCGGCUCGACGAUAGACUACUACAGCACCUCUCCAGCGAAGAAUCUCAGGUCAGAGGCUCUAGUCGCAGAGUCCUUGUCACCGGAUCAACAGGCUUCUUGGGUCGUCGGUUGAUCCGAUCCCUCGCCGAAUCAGAUGAAGUGAGCGAAGUACACUGCAUUGCCGUGCGUUCUAGCACUAGACAACGCCCUAGUCAACUAUCUGAAAAGGUCAAGGUAUAUAUGGGUGACCUUGCAGCACCUCGCCUCGGCCUUUCAGACGAAACCUUUAAAUCAUUAUCGUCCAACAUCGACCUCAUCAUACACGCCGGCACUAGCAGGUCGAUCUUCGACGGGUAUCAAAUGCUCCGAGGUGCCAACGUUGACUCGACAAAAGAACUGGUGAAGCUGGCAGCGCCACGGCAGAUUCCUUUCCAUUUCAUCUCCAGCGGUACAGUACUUAGUCUGGGGAGGUCUACGCCGCCAUUCGGGGGCUCGGAAGGCUACACGGCCAGCAAGUGGGUGUCCGAACAGUACUUGGCCAAGGCAGCAACGCAGCUCGGGAUCCCGGUCGCAGUGCAUCGUAUCACGUCACCACUGGAGGAGCCAACGUUCGAGGUCACAGACAGUCUGGUGGAACAUUUCCGGGAUCUCUCAUCCGUUCUGAACGCUGCUCCAGCACGUGGCAAUAUCAGCACAAGUCUCGACUUGAUCAAAGCCGAUGACCUGACCCAAAGAAUCGCUGCUUCAGUAUCAGGUCCUCCAUCCCACAGUAGAAGCGACGGUCAGGUUCGACACAUUGAGCAUCCGUGUGACAUCCGCAUUGAUCUAGACACAACAGUGUCGCGGAUCCUUGAAGGAGUAAAGGCCGAACUGCCCUCGCUCCCUAUGGUUAAAUGGAUGGCACAGGCACGAGAUGCGGGCUUUGAGUGGCAGAUCGCGUCAAUGGAUCAUGUCCCAUUCCGGGAAUAG